AUGACUUGGGAUUCCGCACUCUUAGACCGCCCGACCGAGUCCCUGAUCCUUCCUACAAAGCGACGAUUCUUCCCGUUCAAAAUCCCUAAUUUCCACCAGCAACUCCGCCACUAUAUCAGCACCACCGACCCCGACCGGAUUUACGUUGUGGUCGAUAGAGUCAUAUACUCAAUCCAUGUGUCAUCGGAAAAACGAGAGAGCAUAGCCUUCAUUCCGUUUGAACCAAAAUGCCUUGUCGCUGGUUAUGGUUGGAUCGCGGUGGGGGGCUCGGACAAUGGAGAGUGUGCCUUCAUAAAAAUGGCUGAUCGGAACGUGCGCAUGCACCCUGAUAUGCCAGACUACGGGCAGUCGGAUGUGGACAGCGCAUUGCCCAUUGAUCUCGAGUCCUCGAGGCUUUCGCCUUCCUUGACGCAGGGGGAGGAGUCAAGCUCACCUCGCCGUGCGGACAGGAUGCAACUGCCGGAGGUGCAACUCUACAAGUUCGGCGGGAGCAUUGUUAACUCGGUGACUAUUCAUCGUUUACCCGGUGACGGGAAGGGCUUAGCAGAUGAAGAUAUCAUUGUUCUCAGUAACAACGACAAAACCGUGACCAUUUAUUCCUUAACACAGGCAAAAGUCCUCAAGGUCCUUCAUCAUCAAGCCUGUAUGAACUAUGCGAUCGUGUCUCCGGAUUCGAGUUUUCUUACUGCAGUCGGCGACGAAAACCGUGCAUAUUUCUAUCAUAUGACCCGCGAUCCGGACCUGACUACCGUGACAGAAAAUGGCGAAAAGCUUGGCGACUGGGAUUGGAGUCUUCACCGGUGUAUAGAGAUGGACAUUAGCACACGUUCUGACGAAGCAUGCUUCACAGUCGCGUUUUCCCCUUCAAGUCACUUGUGUGCCAUUGGAUCGCAGUCCGGAGUUAUCAUUGUCUUUGACGUUGAUAUAAUCCGUCGAACCCUUGAUGGGCCAUACGACAAAAAGGCUAUUAUCUGCCACUUCCACUCUUCUAGGUCUUAUAUUGAGGGUGGCGCCGUGCGCUGUAUGUUAUUUUCUCCUGACCCAUGGGACCUUCUGGUAUGGCUUGAGGACAAUGGUCGUGCUGGAGUUGCAGAUGUUCGCCAGGCCUUUUCACGCAGACAGGUUCUGAACCUGGAUAUGAACGACCCGGGAAUACAACAAGUUCGUACACAGCCCGUCCCAGAAGACUCCGAAGGGUUGGGAUUCGACUUUGAUAGCCGAUCCUUUCCCGAAUCGCGCAAUGAAUUGGAUCCGACGCAGCGAGAAAUGCUUGAUUCAAUUGAUGGCUCAUCAAAUGAACCAGGUAGAGAAGGGCUCGACCGUUCAUCAUUGCGGGAGAAUCUGAUACAGGACCUCACUGAGCGAGAGAGAUUGAUUGUGGAGUUUCUGAACACAGCACGCUCAACAUCAAGAUUGGAUGAGAGCUUGACAGAUCGACGAACGAGACCGAACGUCCACCUGCCUCCUACAAGCCGUUCACGACUACCAGGUUUCACAGAUGGGAACGGUAGACCCUCUCGUCCUACUUCCCCUCUGCGUUACAAUGAUGCACUCCAUGACUUAUUUCGGGAAAGCUAUCUGGGUCAUGUGGCUGCUACCGAUCGCAAUUUUAAUGCCAGGCGUCAGGACUCUGUUGUGCUAUCCCAGGGCCAUUCUGGGACAAACAGUAGAGCAUCAGAGAUGGCAGACACCAACGUAGAGGCACAGCCGAGUAUCACGUUGAGUUGGACAACUUCGCCCUCGGAGCUGCAGUCUGCCACAUUGGAUAAUCUGUCUCGUGCUGCAGACCCAAGUACAAGUAACACCAGUACUCCCAGCAACGAAUCAGGCACGGGCAAUCGGCCACAGAAUGCAGCAGAUCGUCUAUCUGCAAACUUUGACCCUGGUAACAACACAACUAGCAUGCAUCCACUCCAGAGAUCCCAUCGGUCAAGUUCGACUCCGCGGCGAUCUGAGCGGCAAGAGUCCACGGCACAAGAAAGUAGACACGAACCUCCGCGUCUAUUGACAGCGGAUUUGAGGAGUAAUGUAGCUGCAGAACGCCUGCGGCGGCAGCGACAGCUCAUUAAUGAAACCCAUUCUCGAAACACCCAGCGGGAGCCACGCCAUCGGCAACAAUUGCUGGGGUUUGAACAGACUCGUUCGCCUCGGUGGAUUAGAAACAUUUUAAACGAACUUCCAGAUCGAAGCUUACAUGGACACCGAGACCAAGAGCCAGGUGGCACAGCUGGUAUUGGCUGGGGCACAGACGGCAGAACACUAUACGUUGCAACCGUGGAAGGAAUCUUUGAAUAUCAAAUCAAUAUCCAUGAUCGGAAGACCUUCCCUGUCUUUUCCUAUCGAUAA